CGAGUAAAGAUGGCGACGGCGCAGCUAACGGACGAUGAGCUUUUCUCUGAGUUAAAGAGCUUUGGAUUCACUCCAGGCCCGGUCUCCGAGAAUACGAGACCGGUUUAUUUGAAAAAACUAAAGAAACUACGCGAGGAACAACAACAGAAAGGAGGAACCAGAGCGGGGAAAAACCGAAACAGCGGCAGUAGUAUCAACAACAACGGUAGUAGCGGUGGUAACGGCAGCUACACAGCGGCGGCGGCGGCGGGAGCUUCGGGAUGCGGAGCCAGGCCAGCUAGCCGUGACGUCACGCCCCGGAGCCCCGGUGGUCGACCGGUCCUGAACGAAAAGCGAACUGGCGGAGCUGGGAAGUUCGUAUUGGGUUUUAGUUCGGACGAAUCGGACGUAGAGGACCCGAAGAAAAAACGAGGAGUGAAUCACAGCGGUAGGAGAGACCGAGGUUCCGCGUAUCAACAACAACAGAUCAGGCCUACAACGGGAGCUGCUACCGCCACACGGAAGAGCCUGGGAGUCGCUGUGAGUACCAGCAGUAACAACUCCUCUCCCACCGGGCUGCUGGAGGGGAGGAGAAGCGGACCCGGUUCUCUCGAUUGGGUGGACCGGGGAAAAUCGAGCCUCGAGGUCUCGCGGGCCGCGGAAGUGAAGGGUUACGACGAAGAGCCCGAAGAAGACGACGAUUUUCAAGGGGAGACGGAGAGAGACAGUCGGUCUCUGAAUGGGAACAGGGCGUCUUACUCACUGAACGCCAGUAGUAAGAAAGUCGGUGAUUACUCAGAUUCGGAGGAAGAGGAAGAAGGGGGGAUAAUAUCUGGGCAGGACCUUCAACGAGACCGGCGCUUACAGCAACACUACUCCAGACGGAGUCACUCCUCCAAGCCGUCUCCCUACAGAAGUGCCAGGGGGUCAGAGAACGGACAGGAAACGACUGGCGGCAUGGCAAUCAGACUAAACGACACGCCUGGCGCUAGUAGGAGUCGACUAGACAUGAUGGGAGGCCGGGGGGAGGAGGAAGAGGAGGAAGAGGGAAAGAAGCGAAGCCCCGGUGAAUCGUCCCUGAGCGGGAGCUUGCUGCGACGCCAUUACCCCAGGGGGACCAUCUACGUGUCGGCUGUGAUGGGGGAGAGCGACCGCGGCAGCCCCGGGGAAAGCAGCGGCAACAAUUCCCCGUCUUCCGCAUACAACAAAAACCACAUCGACAGCGGGGAUGGCGCCACCAGCAGCAGCAGCAGCCGAUUCAGCAUCGGCCUGAGACCGCGAUUCUCCAACUACAACAGUCUAUCCGCUACUUACCGACCCAACCAUUCAAAUCAUAGCGGUCCCAACCAUGCCUACAGCCAGUCGAGUCUCAAACAGAAGCACACGGUACCGGAGGAUGAGCUGCUCCAGCAAUUCAAGCGGGAGGAGGUGGGGUCGUCCACCGGUGGUUGGGGGUUCAGUGCCCACUACCUGUCCAUGUUCCUGCUCAUGGCCGCCUGCCUGUUCUUCCUCCUGCUCGGCCUCAUGUAUCUCCGGAUGAGGGGGUCUGGAGCCUCUGAGGUCGAUGUUGUCGUUAAGAACCACCCGUUUGGCAGCGAGUUUGACAGUUCUUAUGACAAGACGGAGAAGGACACCAUUCUGAAACUCCUCCUCAACCUUCACGACCACCUGGCUCAUAUUGCUGGCCAACAUGACUGUACCGCCCCGGAGCAGCAGCAGGCCAACAGGAGCCUGUCUCUGAAGGAAGCCUCUGACUAUCUCCUGCAGCAGAGUGAACAGUAUCGUCACUGGGUUCUCCUCGCUCUGGAGUGGAUCAUACGGACUGGGGAGGACGUUGGCAUUCGGCUGAUCGGGGAUAACCCAGAGGAGGCAGUAGCGGAGGUGAGUGAGGUGACUCGUCUGGAGUCGACCCACCCCAAGAUGUCCUUCUCCUGCCGCUUCAGAAGAGCCUUCUUUACAGUCAUCCACAGGGUGCUGCUCAUCCUAACAGUCAUCCACAGGGUGCUGCUCAUCCUAACAGGCCUCCUCCUCUUUACAGUCAUCCACAGGGUGCUGCUCAUCCUAACAGGCCUCCUCCUCUUUACAGUCAUCCACAGGGUGCUGCUCAUCCUAACAGGCCUCCUCUUUACAGUCAUCCACAGGGUGCUGCUCAUCCUAACAGUGAUUGGUCUGGUGUGGGGUGUAUUCUACUAUAUGAAGUAUCGUUGGAGGAGAGAGGAAGAGGAGACCAGGCAGAUGUAUGACAUGGUGGAGAGAAUCAUAGGUGUUCUGAGGAUCCACAACGCGUCGUGUCAGGAGAACAAUGACCUCCAGCCCUACCUGCCCAUCCCUCACGUCAGAGACUCCCUGGUUCAGCCCCAGGACAGAAAGAAGCUGAAGAAGGUCUGGGACCUGGCUGUGACCUUCCUCUCAGCCAAUGAGAGCCGUAUCAGGACAGAGUCUCAGCGGAUUGGCGGAGCCGACUUCCUGGUGUGGAGGUGGCUCCAGCCCUCUCUGAGCUGCGACCAGAUCUCACUCAUCCCCUCCAAAGUCUGGCAGGGCAAAGCGUUCCCUCUGGACAGGAGGAACUCUCCUCCCAACAGUUUAACACCGUGUCUGAAGAUCAGAAACAUGUUUGAUCCAGUCAUGGAGGUUGGUGAAAACUGGCAUCUGGCCAUCCACGAGGCCAUCUUGGAGAAGUGUUGUGACAACGACGGCAUCGUCCACAUCGCUGUCGACCAGAGCUCCAGAGAGGGCUGUGUCUAUGUGAAGUGUCUGUCAGCAGAACACUCAGGGAAAGCCUUCAAGGCGCUACAUGGCUCCUGGUUCGAUGGUAAGCUGGUGACGGUGAACUACCUGCGUCUGGACCGUUACCACCAGCGUUUCCCUCAGGCCCAGGGCUGUACCACCUCCCUGAAGCCCUCGAACACCUACAUGAACACCAUGUCCAGACUACGUCACCACACCAGCCCUGACAGCAGCUCUAACACGAACUCUCUAGGCUUCUCCUGAGGGGGCAGAUUACCCCAGCCUCCUCUCUCCCUCAACCCCACCACACCAGCCCUGACGCUAACUCUCUAGGCUUCUCCUGAGGGGGGGGGGGCAGAUUACCCCAGCCUCCUCUCUCCCUCAACCCCACAGAUACCACCACACCAGCCCUGACAGCUCCUUCUUACCCCUGUGUAACAGUCUCACCUCAACACAAGCCCCCCUUCCUCCAGUCUCCCCUUAACAAGCCUCUACUGGAGGUGAUGGCAGCUUGGUGAACCGUCUGUCUCGGUUCACCCCAGCCCUGUGAGUUGAGACAGACGGUUCACCCCAGCCCUGUGAGUUGUCUGU